UGGCAAAACAAAACCUGUAAAUAUCAUGAAAUGAAAGCAUUUGUGAAUUGGUUGAUUAUAUUGUAAUAAUGGGCACAAAACGCACCUUGUUAUGUAAAAAGAAUGGUGCAAAGCAUCGAGAGUGCUGGAAAUUGACCAUUAAAAUGACUAAUUUUGAAAUCAUUUGUGAGAUGCUUCAGUAGAACCAGUUAUCUUUGCACGAAGAACUUGCUGAUAGAGCUUUAAAAGAAAAUGGUUGAAGACGAAAAAGGUCAAGUUGAUAUAGACAUGAUUCUUGAUGGCUUAAAGUUAAAAAUGGAUUCAAUGGAGUUGGAAAAAGUGGUAAAAAUUGUAGGAAACCAGAUUAAAUUGUCACAAAUAAGAUUUGAUGAAGAAUGGAAGUUACUGUUGCAGGAAGAGCAGAUUUUACAACAUGAAAAUCCAUCGCCAUCAAUCAAAAAUUUAUUUGAAUAUAUUCAUGAAAAAAUCAUUCCAUGCAAACACAGCUGCAAUCCAGAAUUCAUCAAUUUAAAUGAAUUUCUCAGUAAUGUGGUGCAAACAUUCAAAAGAAAUGUUGGACAAGAAGAAGUGAUAUUUGAUGAACUUGUUUUAUUCUUUUCAAAUCAAGGUGUGGUUUUGCCAACUCCAGAAACAGAGAUUGUCAGUGAUAUUCAUCAGUCUACUGUCUCCUUAAACCUUGUGCAAAAUGAAAAUGAGGAAACCUGCCAUGAGUUAUGGGAUAAAAUAAGAAAAAUUGUAUGUCAAGGUCUUCUAUCAACUCUUGAUAACAUGGUACCAUUCAUGCAAAUAUUACCAGAACAAUUGGAAAUAAACAUUACCAAGAAAAUUACUAUUCUUGAGAAACUCAGCUUGCUGUACACAGCCAAAGAUUUGAGAAAGAAAUAUCUUCAAAUGAGAAAAUAUCAACUUGAAAGGAUUAUUUCAAAAGCCAACAUUUUGGGUGAAAAUGGUGAUAUUGAAGGAAGCAACAACAUGGAAGACCACAUUGGAUGUUUAGAUCUUGCCAAUCAUGCUUUGAAUGUGGUGUUUCAAGAGGAUUUUUCUAUAUUUACUUCUCAAAUAUUUUUUGAAAAUGCUCAAAUGCAACAUGAUGAGAUUUACACUGUUUACUUGCAAGACUUCUAUAAAAAGCUUAGUGAAAUUGUAGAAACUCAAUGUGCUUUGGGAAAAGAAUUGAAGAAUGAUUUCACUUUAUCCAACAACCUUGUUAUUAUGCUGAGGCAGUGUUUACUGUCUGCAUCGUUAGUUGAUGCUAAUGCUAAGAAAUUUUUACUGAGCUUAAAGAAAUCUGAAGGUAUUGAUUUUUGCAAGAACUCUCCAUCAGACAUUGUACAAGAUGAACCAGAAGAUUUUAAUGGAGAGCAUCACAUUUGGCCAUGGCAAGAAGUGUUUAAAUCAACAGCUAGUAAGCUGUCACUAGCUAUCUCAGAGAUCAUUCUGUCAGUUACAAAAAGUGCAUUGGCUGAAGAAAUGGAAGUGUAUAAAAAAAGAGACCAUGAAUAUCAAAUGUUACAUGUUCCAGAAAUUCUUGUUCGUAAUCUUUCAGACUUUCCUAAAGUUGUUUCUCUGAGUUGUGCAUUAAUUUUGACAAAAAUAGAUGAGCUUUCAACCUUUCUCUUGCUGAAAUCUCACUGGGAAUUUAAAAGUGUUAGAAAUGCAUUCUGGGAAGCGAUCAAAACUAGUCUUUUGUUGUACAAAUCAAGAUUGUCACAGAUGAGCUGUGAUGUUCCAAGGUCAUCUUUGGUGAAAAAUCUCUAUGCUGUUUUUAAUUCUGCUGCUCUUAUUAAAAUGACUUUGCAACAGUUUGAAGAAAAUAAUGAAAGUGUAUUGUGUUCAUUGAUGUCCGUUUACAACGAUCUUAUUGUUUCUCUGAAUGGAAAAAUCUUAAAUUAUCAUCGUUUGACGCUUUCAACUGUUGUUCUACAUGAUGUUCACAGUCAUCAUUGGACGAACGAGAAAGAAUUUUUUGAGGGUGAGCGAUGUUCAUUCUCGGUACAAAUGUGGCAUUACUACAUGCAAGGUUUAAAUCAUGAUUUAUGGCAGAUGUGUUCACCCAAGAAAUGUCAAGAAAUUUUCAUAUCUAUCGUUCACUAUUCCCUCACCUGUUUUGUAAGGCGUUAUUCCAAGGAAUCUCCUUCUUAUAGAAGGGCUAAACUUUUUAGAUCUGACAUCACGGCGAUCUUAUUUAGUGUUUCGUCGUGGAUGAUAUUUCCAACAUUAACUUCCCUCACGUCAAUAUUAAACCCAAAAUCGACGGAAAGUUUGAUAAUAGAUAUACAUAACUCAUGUUCUUCAUUACUGGCAAUCAUGACGAUCCAUAUGUGUCCUCUGCAAACCCUAUGUUUGUAUGCUUCCAGCGGCGAAGACGAGUUGAUUAGAAAAGGAAAGAGUACUGUUACAUCUUGGUUGACUUGGCUUCAACCUCAACUAUAUGGUGAACAUACUAAAAGAAUAGUACAUCUCACCGAUGUUCAAGCAAUUAAUUUAUCUUUCAAAUUAAUGAUAAACCAGCCAUCACCAGUUUGGUCUCUUGUUCUACAGACUGUCCUGUUACGGGACAGCUACUUGCCUGUUGCUAUAGUGACCAAUCUUGAUAACGAUUUAUUAUAUGACGUCUGUAGUUGCUCGUCAAAGAAAUCUUAUGUCCAGUUCAACUCACAAAAUGAGAGUUUAAAGAUGAGUGAAUCGUGUUUCACUAUUAUUACAUCAUUUUAUUACGUCAUAUUAAAGUGUGCUAACAACUGGAAAUCUUACGUAAACUUUGUAAUUGCUUUGAUGAACAGGGAGAAUGCUUGGAAAACGUUUUCAACGAUCAAAUACUUACGACUAACACAAGAAGACCAGAUUCCUUUAUGGCUUGAUUGCCUAUAUUCAACAUUAAAGCCUUUUCUUAACAGAUGGAAAAAAAGAAUGGUUUUUGUUCUCACAAGUUUCUACGAAACUCAAAGUAAAUCAUUCAAUUUUACAUUAACGAAGACGUUACCUUGUGGAUGUAAAGUAGAACGACAUGAACAUAAAUUCAAAAAUAAAGGUGAAAUGAAAAUAUCGGAGGCAUUUGAAGUAAUUUUGAAUGACUUAGUAUGUACGAUUCCUUUGAUGCCGAAAGUUGUUUUAAAGCUUUUCAAUAGAAUUGAAGCUGAACUACGUCAAGUGAAACCUGACACUGAACUGAAACCUUGUGCUGGAAUAAUGAUAAUAGGUAGCUUGCUUUAUCGAUAUCUCUGUGAGUGUGCCGAAGACAGUCUUAGUAAAAUUUCACCUUCUUUACAUGAUGUUAUCGUCAACGAUUACAAAACGUUAAAUAACUUGUUAUAUUGCGUGUUGGUGGGAGAAAGGUCGCAGAGUUUUGAAGAAUCUCGACGAUGGCGUGUUAUCGAAAUAUUGUUGAAAGAGAAAAAAGAUUGGAUUGAUGAGAAGAUAAAGGAACUUGUUGAAAUCAUGAGUGAAGUAGAAAACGAAGAAUGUGAACAUGUUUCAAAUGACGAUAAUUUCGAAGAACUUUGGUUUUUCAUGAAAUCAAACGAAUUUUUACUCGAUAACGCUGGCAAAAAUGCUCUACAAAAAAUUUACAAGUUCUUCGUUCUGGAAAAGGAAUGGAUUUUACGUCAUAUUCCUAUUACGUCACAUCUGGGUCCUCUCUUACAACCUUCAGCUUCUCAAAACCAUGUGAACAUAGUGAAUUUAACCCUCAAUCAUGAUGCCAUUGAAAGCUUUCCAUUUGACUGUGAGAAAAUGUUAAAGAGUAAUAUUGGUGUUUCGUUCAGUUCUUGGAAAACAUUUUUGUACAAUAGAUAUGAUUUUCAACAUGAAAGCGAUCUUGAGCCAAGAGAGAAAGAGCUAGUUGCUAAAAUCAAGAUGUUUUAUGAGCCUGGUUAGAUAUGAUGAUUAAGUAGUGAAUAGACGAUGACGUUAAAAAUAAAUAAAUAAAUAGUACGACAAAUUUAGAAAAAUAUUUCAACAGGUAACAGAAAAAAUGUUUUAAAUACUUCUUUGUCUAUUUCAAAAUUGUGUUUAUUUCGAUAAAAUAAAAAUAACAAUCUAUACAUGGCACAA